AUGAAUGAUUAUGAAAUCAAUCUAGCGAUUCUACCUUUUCAUAAGAGAAUACAAAAUCCGGUUUAUCUUACUUUCAUCUUUGUGGGUAUAGGUUUAUUAUGGCCAUGGAAUACUAUUUUAAGUGCAUCGGACUAUUAUAAACACGAUAUAUUCCAUGACACAACUAUUUGGGCUAAGAUAUUUACCAGUUCAAUGAUGACGGUCUCCACAGUGACCUCCUUAUUAUUCAAUAUAUGGCUUACUGAGAGACAGUUUGGAUAUGCAAAACGUGUGGUUAACGGAUUAGUUUGGGAAAUUGUGGUAUUCAUUUUGAUAAUUUUAAUUGCCAUUAUUCAUUCUAACUUUCCCCUAGGCCUUAAUUUCUUUGCUCUGUUAAUGUUAGUGAUGAUAUCUUCAACCGGAACUGCAUUAACUCAAAAUGGUAUUUUAGCUAUUGCUAAUCAUCGUGGUUCAGAUAUGACUCAGGCUGUUAUGUUGGGACAAGCAAUUGCAGGUGUAUUACCUUCACUUGUUUUAUUUCUGAUUAGUUUGUUUAAAGACCCAGAGUCAAAAAGUUCAUCCAAUAUAAAUUUCUAUUUAUUCACAACAGUAAUAAUAUCGUGGAUUUGCAUAUGGUUGUUUAAAUCAAAUAAGUUGGAAGAUUCUUUAAAUUAUGCUACUGAUCCACAACCGAAUGGUGAAUACCAAGAAUUAAGAGAAAUUGAGAAUGAAGUACUUGAAAAAUAUCAAAUCCCAUUCUCAGUGUUAUAUGAAAAAUUAAAAUAUUUAGUUCUAUCAAUAUUCACUACUUUUACAAUCACUAUGGUAUUUGCUGUAUUUGCUUCAAACACAAGUGCUCAAGGUUUACCAUUAUCCGAUAAUCAGUUUAUCCCAUUAGCUUUUUCAAUUUGGAAUAUUGGGGAUUUAUGUGGUAGAUUCAUUGCAGAAUUGCCGUACUUUUCAAAAUCGUCAUUCACACCUUACAAAACCCUUAUAUAUUCAUUACUAAGAAUAGGACUAAUCCCAAUGUUCCUACCGUUCAUCUUACCUGCCGACAAUUUCAAAAUAAUAACAGAUUUAUUAUAUCUGUCAUUACAAUUUAUGUUUGGUCUUACCAAUGGCCACAUAAUUUCUAUGUGUUUUAUCAAAAUCCCACAGAACCUUGAAAAUAGUGCAGCAAAACAAGCUGCUGGAGGCUUUGCGAAUACGUUUGUUGCCACUGGAUUGACGACUGGAAGUAUCCUAAGUUUUGUCUUUGUCUACAUAAUCAAUCAACUAAAAACGUCAUCUGAUUAA